AGUUGAAGUUGAAGUUGAAGUUGAAGUUGAAGUUGAAGUUGAUCCCAAGAGUGUCAUCCAUUUCCACAUCAGCAAACAUAAAAGAAGCGGCGAAUUAUUAGGAAGAUAUUUGAGCGUAAUAAAAGUAACGCGGGUUAUACGCUCACAUACUUUUUUCCUUCCCCCUAAAAUCUUUACAAUUUUCAAAAACCCCACUUUUCUGCUUUCCUUUUUCAAUUGGGGGUUCAAAAGGAAAAGGGCAGAUUUCAAUUUUUAAUUUCAAAUUUCAAAAGUUCCCAACUUCUUUCACAUUGAUCAAUCGGAAAAAGCACAAAAAAGGGAAGAAAUCGAAGUGGGUAUUUGUAGAAAUGGCGGGUUAUAGAGCAGAAGAUGACUAUGAUUACCUCUUCAAAGUAGUUUUGAUUGGAGAUUCUGGUGUUGGGAAGUCGAAUUUGCUUUCGAGAUUCACUAGGAAUGAGUUCAGCCUCGAGUCUAAAUCCACCAUUGGUGUUGAGUUCGCAACUCGGAGCUUGAAUGUUGAUGAAAAAGUUAUUAAAGCUCAGAUUUGGGAUACUGCUGGACAAGAAAGGUAUCGGGCCAUUACCAGUGCUUACUAUCGAGGGGCUGUUGGUGCACUUCUUGUGUAUGAUGUCACUAGGCAUGCCACAUUCGAGAGCGUGGAGAGGUGGUUAAAAGAGUUGAGGGAUCACACAGAUCCCAACAUUGUAGUGAUGCUUAUUGGAAACAAAGCAGACCUUCGCCACCUUGUUGCAGUUCAAACGGAGGAUGGGAAAACAUUUGCUGAAAACGAGUCCCUGUAUUUCAUGGAGACUUCUGCAUUGGAAGCAACAAAUGUAGAGAAUGCCUUUACAGAAGUUCUUACUCAGAUAUACAGAAUUGUGAGCAAGAAGGCUAUGGAUGCCGGUGAGGAUGCAAAUGGUUCAACUGUCCCUGCAGGAGAAAAGAUAGAUAUUGGUAAAGAAGUGUCUGCCGUGAAGAAAGGUGGUUGCUGCUCUAGUUAAGGAGCUUGCUUUUUCGUAAUUAGAUUUCAUUAGAUUGGUCAAGGUGCAGAUUUGCAGCUGUGUUGUUGAUGCUGCACAGUUUUUCUAUACACCAUUAUACUACAUGUACUUGUAUAAUUUUCUGAGAUAUUCCCCAUUCCCAUUAUUAGGAGGUAGAGGAUUAUUUUGGUUUUAUUUCAUUUUUUUUCUUUCUAAAAAGGCUCUCGUAUAUAUUAUUUAUUUACUGAAAUACGCAUAUACGCAUGGACCUUGUUCAGCAGUUGAAUAGAAGAAUCAGCAACCAAGAUUUUCCUGUAA